CUGUGCCAGUUGCGCAAAGCGCACUUGGACUAGGGUUUAGUGGCGGUGCAUUCGUUUGAGUCCCUCCGGAUAAGAGACAAGAACACAUCGGGCCUGAAAAGCGUCACCUGGGAAGACCUACAUUGUAGCAGCUCCACUAUCACCCUUCACAGCUGGUCGCCCGGUGGAGUCUCCCAGAGAGCACGUCGAUGUAAAUCCGCUUAAGUGUGAACUGGGAUGCACCGCAACAUUCACCCAUUCUGAGGAACAGGAAGGAACGUUUACUGAGCCCUGAUAUUUCACUGCUUUCCACUUCAACUGAGUUCUCUUGACCCCCUGCCAUUGAGGAGCUAAGCCUGCUGUGCUUGGCUGUGUGGGACAACCAGCGAACGUCGACACGCCUUCACUAGCCACAGCAGCAAAAACAACUGCCGUCACAGAGUUUCAGACGCCUGUGAGAUUCCACAAACAAGUCCAACAAAACUGAGGGGGAGUCUUGGAGGGAAACUGAGAGGGCAUGUGAAAGGUAGAGGAUGAGUGUUAAACCCUGACAAUAUUCCACUCACUCUCUCUCUCUCUGAAGACUGAACUAGACAGGACACACUCUGCCUGAUUUUGCAAUUGGAACAUUCAAGUAUCUGGACUCCGUCAGACAAAACAGAAACAUUGGAAAAGCUAACCAGCAUUGUAUUCAUUCUUUUUGUGCAUCUACCCCUUUUUAAACACCCACUGGUUUUCACUGUUUUUUCUGUCACUCUGCAAAGAUGUCCCUGUGUAUUUUGUCACAGUGGCGGACUGUUGAGUGUUGAUCCCAGGAGAGAAGUGACUCACAAGCCUGGAUUAUGUCUUGGAAGAGGAACUACUUUGCAUCCGGAAGCAGUGGGCUGCAGGGGAUCUUGACUCCACGCACCAUGACAUCCAUCGCCCCCAGUAAAGGACUCAGCAACGAGCCAGGCCAGAACAGCUGCUUCCUCAACAGUGCGCUACAGGUCCUGUGGCACCUAGACAUCUUUCGCCGGAGCUUCCGGCAGCUGACCACACACAAGUGCAUGGAGGACUCGUGUAUCUUCUGUGCCCUGAAGAGUAUCUUUGCUCAGUUCCAGUACAGCAGUGAGAAGGUUCUGCCGUCUGAUGCCCUGCGCAGCGCCCUGGCUAAGACCUUCCAGGACGAACAACGUUUCCAGCUUGGCAUCAUGGACGACGCUGCAGAGUGCUUCGAGAACAUUCUAAUGCGGAUCCACUUCCACAUCUCAGACGAGACCAAAGAGGACAUCUGCACAGCCAAGCACUGCAUUCCACACCAGAAGUUUGCCAUGACACUCUUUGAACAGUGUGUGUGCAGCAGCUGCGGGGCGUCGUCUGACCCACUGCCCUUCAUUCAGAUGGUGCACUACAUCUCCACCACCUCCCUAUGUAACCAGGCUGUGAGGAUGCUGGAGUGCAAGGACAAGCCCACGCCAGACAUGUUUGGAGAGCUGCUCCGCAACGCCAGCACAAUGGGAGACCUGCGCAACUGUCCUAGUAACUGCGGGGAGAAGCUGCGUAUCCGGCGGGUGCUGAUGAACUCUCCGGAGAUCAUUACCAUCGGGCUGGUCUGGGACUCUGACCACUCGGACCUGGCGGAGGAUGUCAUCCACAGCCUGGGAACCUGCCUACGCCUCGGGGAUCUCUUCUACAGAGUGACAGAUGACAAGGCGAAGGGGGCGGAGCUCUACCUGGUGGGCAUGGUGUGUUACUACGGCAAGCACUACUCCACCUUCUUCUUCCAGACCAAAAUACGCAAGUGGAUGUACUUUGACGACGCACACGUCAAAGAGAUCGGGCCCAAGUGGAAGGACGUGGUGUCGCGGUGCAUCAAGGGCCACUACCAGCCGCUGCUGCUGCUCUACGCUGACCCCCGGGGGACACCCGUGUCAGUGCAGGACGUGCCCUCCCGCUUGGACCUACACCACUUCAACAAGGCCUACUACGACAGCGAGGACUCUGGCCGGGAACCGUCCAUAUCCAGUGACACGCGCACUGACUCAUCCACAGACAGCUACUCCCACAAGCACUCCCACUACCACCAUGAGUCCAUGGCCAGCCACUUCUCCUCCGACUCCCAGGGAACCGUCAUCGGUAACCCAGACAACGACGCGGCCUCUCGCAGCAGCCUGGACACCACAGGCAAAGUGAUGGACAUUGGGCCAGCGCAGUGCAACUCUCUGAGAAAAGGCGGGACAGUGGACAGGAAGGGCGGGGCCAGUGACAGGAGACGGAGCUCUAGUCGUCCACGACGACUUGAGGAGAGGAGUCGGGGCUCUAAGGCUGACGAGGCCUCAUCAGCAGGUUACCACAGCGAGGGUGAGACUCUGAAGGAGAAGCAAGCCCCUCGCACGGCGCCCAAGUCCUUCUCCUCCAGUCGACUGAGGGACUUCAAGGAAACCAUGAGCAACAUAAUCCACAGCCGGCCCCUCUCUGCCUCCUGUUCGGGCUCUGGGGUGCUUGGGGGUCUAGGGGCCGAACCAGGGGCCACCACUAAGGCCAGAGACUGGGAGGCUGACAGCACCAGCAGUGAGUCCAAGUCCAGCUCCUCUGGGGGACGCUACAGGCCAGCCUGGAGGCCCAGAAGAGAGGCCCUCAAUAUAGACAGUAUCUUCAGCAGGGAGCGACGAAGACAGGCUGGGUACAGUCCACUUGGGGCCACCCUGCCUGAAGACAGUGGGGCCCCAGCCGAGGGCCCCACAGGAUCAGUCACCGAGCAGGGCCACGGGCCUUUUGGUAAUAUGGCCUCCUCCUGGACUCUGCCAACCACCAGAAGUCAUACCAUGGAUCAGCAGCCUCCUAGGCUCAUCCAGAGGAUGGAGAGUGGCUACGAGAGCAGCGAGAGGAACAGUAACAGUCCUGUCAGUCUAGACAUGCCUCUCAGCGAGGGAGCCAGUGCUGCCAGUGCGCACAGGGACUCUGUCGUGAAGACGUCCUCUGGAUCCGGCCCAUCGUGGCGCUGCGUGCCCAAGUCAAAGAGCAGCAGUGCUCUCCUGCAGGACGUCAAGGCUUCAUGCAGGAGAAACAGCCACAUAAGCCUGGAAGGAGAAGGCCACAGUGAGCUGGAUGAGUUACAGGAGGAGGUGGCCAGGCGAGCAAAGGAGCAAGAGUUGCAGAGGAGGAAGGACAAGGAGAAGGAGGCCGCCAUGGGCUUUAACCCAAGACCCAGCAAGUUCAUGGACCUGGAUGAGCUACAAAACCAGGGCAAAGGGGAUGGCUUUGAGCGGUGUGUGUCGGACGCUGAGCUGCUGUUAGACCAGUCUCUGAGGCUGGAGCAGGCUGGUGAAGUGGCUGCCGCUCUGUCUGUGGUCAACAAAGCUGUGUCUAAACUCAGGCUUCCCAUGCAUGAGGGCGGCGCUAACACCCAUAGCAGGACAGUGGCUGAGGCCCGGCUGCAAAAGUGCAUGAGGAGAGCGCGGGGUCUGCAGCAGCGCAUGCAACAGCAGCAGCAGGAAGACAGAACCCAGCAACAGGAGCAGACAGAGGAGCAGGAUCAGCCCUGUCCCUGUCCCCAGGGCCCCCCCAGUGAACAGCCUAUCCCGAUCCAAAUACUGUUGACAGACACCCAGGAGGACCAACCACCAUGUACCACAGAAGCCACUAGAAGCACGUCUUCUCCUGUCCACGUUGAGCCCCUUUUCUCCAGUACAAACUCCCUCCCUGAGCCCCCGGGCCACCCCUCUGUCAAUCUGCCCCCUAGCCCUCACAUUGGGUCACCCGCGAGGGGGCGCUGGGAUGGACCGGAGAUGUCAGGCGUGCUAGAGAAGUCCCGCCCCGGCGUGAGACCUCUCGUCAAGCACGCCACCGUGUCCCUGCCCGCCCUGUGUGUGGACGGCUGGGAAGAGAGCCUACCCAAUGGAGGCCGCGAUCCGUCCCCAGCCCCGCCCCACCGCCAGCCAGCUGCGCCCCCACAUCGGAAGGCUAACCCCGCGGCCCUGUCCGCCGCACAUCCCCACUCUAGGACACCCUCCCCCGUCAGACACGCCUCUGAGGAAAGGGGCCAAAUGGAGGAGGUCCACCCCAGACAGAGGUCCUCUGGCCCCUCUCAGCCCCCUCCUGCCCGCCAAAACUGCUCCUCCCCCGUCACUAUCCCCUCCAAUACCUCCUCCAGGCUCGGCCCUCCUCCCCCCCCCUCCAAGCCGUAACUGGUCUGGCUGGAGCCCGGACCGACCUGAUGCUGUCGACUCGCCCUUAUACGCCCCGCCGACGGGCCCCCGCGAUCUGCGACCCGCCCCCAGCAG